CAAGGGUUCCUUAGCAUCCUCCACCAUUUUGGGAGCCAUGUCCUUGCCGACUGUGCUCCUGGUGGGAGAUAGCGCUCUGGGGGCAAAGCUCCUGCCCGCGCUCGCCGGUUCUGAUGCGGUGGGCACGAUUGAGACAAAGUACUACACGGCGCACAUUGAGUACAAAGUCUUGGCACUGGACAGCGCUGACCAGCAGCAGCUGGACGCCGCGGAGGCGGUCAUUUUCGUUUGGGAGGUGGAGCAGUCGGAGACCUUUAAACUCAUCCAGGGACUGGUUAGAGAUGAGGAGGAGGAGGGCCCGGACCGCGUUCAGCUUUGUGUGGCGGUGGGGGCUGACUCGGAGCAGCUGGAUGGAGCGAGGGAGUGGUGCAUCGAUCACGGCUACGAGUUCCUGUGCUGCCCCUUGGGCGGCGACGACCUACAGUCGCUCAAGGAGAGGAGCAGCGCGGGGGAUCGCCGCACGGGGCUUUUGGACGAUGUGCCCGAGAACUCGAUCCUGCGCCUCAUGGAGGCUUUGGAGUGCCACUCGUCGUGGUCUAGCCUCACCGCCAAAAAGCCGGCAGCUGCGAUCGCAGUGGAGCCUGAGCAGCAGCAGCCUGCAAAACGCGCCGAAACGAAUGGCUACACGCCACUGCCAGACGCGCCAAAAGCCAAGUGCGAUGUCUCCAAGCCAACUGGCAUGGAGAAGGUGCACGACCGCAUUCAGGACGAGGACUUGGCUGAAGCGGACGAGUUUGAGAAGCUGGCCCAUGAAAUGAAGGAGGUGAGGGCCAUGGAGGAUCACGCGGCCAGAAGAGACCGCGCCUGCGACCUCGCCAUGAGAUUGGCAUCGGCCUUGGGGGUCGACUCAGACUCCGAUUAGAGCGGUGGCCAGUCGAACUUUCCGUAGCCCGGUUUCCAUCGACUUGACUCAGCCGGUCGCAUGCAGGCGGCCCUGGUUAUGGCAGUGCCUGGUUUCACUUGGCGUGCCACGGACAAAACACUCUUGU